CCUUAUUGGAAUUUGAGUUUGGGGCUAGCCUUCUCAAAGCGUCACCCUCGACGUGCAAGAGGCCCCCGGCCGGCUCGCUCUGCCUCGCAGCGAAGAGGGGGUGGGCUGUCCACUGGACGCGACAGAACCGAACCCGCUUGCUCGAGGGCCAAGCCAGGAUAUCUAAGCGAACAUCGACGAUGGAGCGGUCCAGGACGGGCUGCGCGACUUGCCGCAAGCGCAAGCGCAAGUGCGACGAGACGAGGCCUGCCUGCCGGGCCUGCACCUCGCGCGGUGUCGAGUGCGGCGGCUACAGCCUGGAGCUGCGCUGGGGCAACGCUGUCGCCUCUCGCGGCCACCUGGCCGGGGCCACGACUUCCGUGAGGCCACCGACGUCCAAGCCGGCGGCCCGACGACAACAGCAACCGCAGCAGCAGGAGCAGCAGGACCAGUCACAGUCGAUGUCACUGUCAGUCUCAUUAUCACAGUCGCCAGCAGCGGCUGUUCAGUGCGCCCUCUCGCCGCCAGAAGAGGAAGGCGGCAUAGGCAGCGUCAUCGGCGCCACAGUCCCCGUCGCCCAUCAGGUCUCGUCCCUCCCUCCUCCGCCUUCAGCAACCGGGGCCAACCAAGUCGGGCCGGCCUUUGAGAAAUUCCUGCGGAUUGGGCUUCGAAACCUGUAUGCUUCCAGCGCCGAUGCCUGGGUCGAGACCAUGUUCCGGGAGCUGUCUGCGGACUCGCUCGCUCUCAAGACGGCCGGCGCCGCGCUCCAGACAAUGGUUGACGAGGGCCGGUCGCCUCGAGCCCUGCAGGCGAUCGGCGACACCAUCCGGACACUUCGCGAGGAGUUGCACCAGAGCCGCGGUGCCCUCUGUGCAGCGACAAUGUGCGCAUGCCUCCUCCUUUCCUCUCUGCAGCUCGUACAAGGCGAGCCCUGGACUGGCAACUUCAAGCUCAUGACGGACUUAUACAACCUUGGCGGCAGCCUGGAUGCUAUUCGACCCGACCCUCAGACCGAUUUCGCCCUGCGGCAUCAGCUCGAGGUCCUUGCGAUGAUGGACAUCUCCUUUCUCGUCGUCGGCAGAACCACCCCAAGUGUUGGUCUCUGGCCCAGAUUUAGAAGAUUACAGGACACUUGGGCAGGAGGUCGCUUAAAAGGCAAUGAGACUGUCUCUGGUCUGCCCCGGUCUCUGCUCGACAUUCUGGCUCGAUCGUCGGUACAGCAAGACGCCCAAGUCGAGCAAGAUCUCUGGCUAUGGACAGGUGACCCGGGCCAGCUAGUCUCGUGUCAGCACUGGGAUGCAGUCAAAUAUGCCGGUCUUUUGCGGCUCCGGAGAUGUCGCCGCUAUUCUUCUCCAAUCAGCAAUAUGGUGGAGCCCGAGACCCCAAGCAGCGUCGCCUUGCCGUCCAGCGAAGUCAUCUUGCAUCGGCUGCUCAGCUGUCUCGAGGCCCUGCUCAACGGUUUGGAACGACCCGAGUACCAUGACCUGCUCAUCGCUCACUCGACAUUGUUUCCAAUGACGGAAGCAAGCCUCAUGGUCUCGACCUUGCAACAACAUAGGGACUGGAUCCGUCCACUCAGCAGGAUGCGGAAUCAUGGCUCGGAAUAUAAUGGAGACCACCCACGUAACGUCUCCAUACUAUAUGAGCUCUUGGACGAAGCUUGGAACGCUGGCCAGGACUUCCAUGACAUUGAUAAGGCAGCACAGAGACGAGGAGUGGAGAUUGCUGUCUUUUGAAAAACCAGGAAACUUCGUGAACUCACCUGCCUUUAAGCCGUCACAUCAUCCGUAAUACAUUAGUUUCCGUGUCUAUGCCCUAGUGUGGGUCUAAGAAACCUGGUUAUUUUGCGCCAAAGU